AUGGGAGGCUUGAAGCAACGCCCCUGGACUCCCACCAAGCGGCGUGGACCCAUCGCCGCCGAGCACCAGAGCCCCGGGCCGGCCUGCGUCAGCCUGCCGACCCUCAUCGGAACCGUCGCCCCCGACUCGAAACGCGAGCGCGCCCCGGCCUUCAGCUUCGGCAGCCGGCACGGCGCGAAAAACGACAGCCCCGGACCCGGCCCCGGCCAGUACAACGUGACGGGGCUGAGCGCCAAGGGUAAGGACAGCCCACCCUCCGCAACCCUCCAUUCUCGGCCCAAGGACUCGUCUCCGGAUUCCACCCCAGCGCCCGGGGACUACAACCCUGACCUCCACGACACCUCCCCCAAGUAUACUUUCGGACUGAAGGUGCAGCACGAGAAGACCUCCAGCACCCCAGCGCCAAACACUUACCUGGCGGAGAAGCUCGUCUCCACCCAGGAGUUCUCGUUUGGCACGAGAACCCAGCUGGAGAAACCCAGCGCCACACCCGCUCCUGGUGCAUAUGACCCGGAGAAGCCUUACCACCUCCCUGCGUACUCCUUCGGGCUCAAGACACCCUUGGAAAAGCCCUCCGACACUCCAGCGCCCGGCGCCUACAACCCGCACCUCCCCGAACACCAGCCGGCGUACUCGUUCGGCCUCAAGGCCCAUGCGGAGCGGCCGUCGGACACGCCGGCGCCCAACGCCUACGCGCCCGACAAGCCCGCGCACGCCCCCGCGCACUCGUUCGGGCAGAGGACCAACGGCGAGCGGCCCAGCGACACUCCGGCGCCUGGCGCGUACAGCCCCCACCUUCCCGAGCACCUGCCCGCCUACUCGUUCGGCCUCAAGACCCCCCUGGAGAGGCCCUCGGACACUCCCGCCCCCAACGCGUACAGGCCCGACAAGCUCACCAAUGCUCCUAACUACUCCUUCGGCCUGAAGACGCCGAUCGAGAAACCCAGUGAUACGCCAGCUCCGGGAGCGUACGACCCACGAUUGAACGGCCACCUGCCCGCUUACUCGUUCGGCCUCAAGACCCCCCUGGAGAAGCCAUCGGACACCCCUGCUCCAAACGCGUACAAGCCCGACAAGCUUACCAGUGCCCCGAACUACUCCUUCGGUCUGAAAACACCGAUCGAGAAACCCAGUGAUACGCCAGCUCCUGGGGCGUACGACCCUAGACUGAACGGCCACCUCCCGGCCUACUCGUUCGGUCUCAAGACCCCUCUGGAGAAACCAUCGGACACCCCCGCCCCCAACGCGUAUGCGCCCGACAAGCUCACCAAUGCCCCGAACUACUCCUUCGGUCUCAAGACACCGAUCGAGAAACCCAGUGACACGCCAGCUCCUGGGGCUUACGACCCCCGACUGAACGGCCACCUCCCGGCCUACUCGUUCGGCCUCAAGACCCCUCUGGAGAAACCCCUGGACACUCCCGCCCCCAACGCCUACAACCCGGACAAGCUCACCAGCGCGCCAAACUACUCGUUCGGUCACAAAACCCCGAACGAGAGGCCGAGCGACACGCCAGCCCCCGGCACCUACGACCCCCACCUGCUCGAGCACCUGCCCGCCUACUCCUUCGGCCUGAAGACCCCGAUUGCUAAGCCCUCCGACACCCCGGCGCCCAACGCCUACAAGCCCGACAAGCCUGUGCACGCUCCCAACUACUCCUUCGGCCUCAAGACGCCCAUCGAGAAGCCAAGUGACACUCCAGCGCCCUGCGCGUACGAUCCACACCUCCCGGAGCACCUGCCCGCCUACUCGUUCGGGCACAAGACUCCGCUGGAGAAGCCGAGCGACACGCCAGCUCCUGGCGCCUACGACCCGCGGCUUAACGGGCACUUGCCCGCCUACUCGUUCGGCCACAAGACCCCACUGGAGAAGCCGUCGGACACGCCAGCGCCCAACGCCUACAACCCAGACAAGCUUACCAGCGCGCCCAACUACUCGUUCGGCCUCAAGACCCCCAACGAAAAGCCGAGUGACACCCCAGCACCAUGCGCCUACCACCCUCAUCUGCCGGAGCACCUACCCGCUUACAGCUUCGGCGUGAAAGGGCCUUUAGAGAAGCCCCUCGACACACCAGCUCCCAACGCCUACAACCCGGACAAACCGACACACACACCAAACUACUCGUUCGGACUGAAAACACCCUUAGAGAAGCCGAGUGACACCCCUGCACCUGGAGCGUACGACCCUCACUUGCCGGAGCACCUCCCGGCCUACAGCUUCGGCGUGAAGGCGCCCUUGGAGAAACCCCUGGACACUCCGGCGCCCAACGCCUACAACCCGGACAAACCG